AUGUCCAGUCAACCAGACUCGUCCCUCAUAGUCGAACCGAGCGAAUGCUUGACUAGAAAGGACGACAGUUCAAGUUGUCGCAUGUCAAGUUCUACCCACCACACGCAACCCACAACCACCCAUAAAAGGACGAAUCUGACUAACUAUUACCCUCUGAUAAAACAGGAGAGAUGGUGUAACCCAGGGACUAGUUCUCCCAAAAGAGUCAUUGUCGAUGUUGACUCGAUAGAGCUGGGCUAUCUUAUCCUAGUCAUGAAAGAAGCGGGCAAUGUACCCCUCGGUGUCCAACGUCUCCUCUCCCUCCUGAAAUCUAUCUCGUCUUCCCGCCGCAUAUCCAUCCCGAUGACCGUCAUUGUAACCGGAUAUACAAUUCCGCUUAUGCCCACGCAGCCACAGGCGGAUAUCGCUUAUUUGCAUUUUGAUUCUGCAGUUAUGGAGGAUGGUGAAGAUAUGUGUGGGAGUUCUGGUGCUGCGAUCACUCCAUCUGGCUCCCUUGUUACUAUAGAUCCUCAGCUGGCGACAAAAACAACACAAAUGUCAAGGCACCCAUCAGAAAUUGAGACUAACCAUCGUAAACAUCUUCCUUCUCACAUCUCGAAUCUUCAUUUUCGCCGCCACGUCUUCGCUCUCGCCGCGGCCUGCCUUUCUUUGUCGCCGUCUUGCUCCUCUUCUCCAGUCAUCGACAACACCAUGCCCCGUCUCCCAUCCUCUCGCAGCGGUCGCCGUCGUCACCCACGGCCUCAAUUACAUCACCCAAGACGCCUGUGGGCCCUACGAAGAGCAUAUGUCCUCGUUAGCCGACGUCGUUCCAGACCUUCUCGGGGCCACCUCUCCUGCCGCCGACCUUCCCGCCGACCAGUCGCCGAUGCCCCUCCGUCGGCAAGUGGGCUUGACACCCAAGAGCCUGAAGCUCCAGAGACUACUCCAAUCAAUAUUCCCAACGACACAACGACGGGCACCACCUUGAACAACGAGCCCACACGGGGUGUCGCUUGGUUCAUCACCAUUGAGAAGAUUGGGCAAACGAGGUUCUGCGACGUGCAAAUGGAAUCGGCGCCAGUGGAGCUCUCGGCGCGCCGACUACUGGAUAGUCAGUCCGAGGAGUCUCUUGUUUGGGAUUCCACGACCAGGUCGGUCUCUUUCGCCGUCGUCGACGAAGUCGUCAACGGAUAUCCUGUCGACGCGAUUGAGAGGGUCCACAACAGGUUUAUCGGCGAAAUGGGGGGGAUCUUGAUCUUGGGUGAAGAUUCGUAA